AUGGCCGAUUUUGCUGUUGACCUGCUAAAAAGAACGCCGCCAGAGGAGAGUGUGGUGAUGUCUCCACUGUCUAUGGUGGCUGCACUUUCCGUUCUCGAAAGAGGAGCCGGCGGUUCCACGAAAAGUCAAAUCAAUGAUGCUCUCAAGAGAACAUCUGAAAAUGACGUGCCGGAACUGAUUCGCAAAUUGGCUGCUGCCGAUGGAGUUCUCAUGUCCGUAGCGACGAGAUUCUACCUCGCCAAUUCUGCUACCCUUCACGAAGACUACAACAACCAAGUGUCGAAGGACUUCGAUGUUACCGCUGAACUUCUUGAUUUCCGCGAUCAGAAACUCACAGUCGAGGUUGUUACCACCUGUGCUUGA